UCUACCGAUGCCCGAAUACAGAUGCUUCAGCCCAACUGAGAGCCCGACCCAACAAAAGCUAAUCAACCUGUCAAUAUGUAUUAUGCACUAUCUCACCAUUUUCUGCUACAUGAAUCAGAAAGAAAGAGACUCGGAGAAUAAAAUGGGUAGAAACAGAGGAGGAGGAGGAGGAGGAGGAGACACGGAGCUUCACGCUGCGGCGAGGUCCGGUGACAUGAAAGCGGUUGAGUCAAUUGUCAGCUCAAACCCUUUGGCUAUUAACUCUAGAGAUAAGCACUCUAGAACCCCAUUGCAUUUAGCAGCAUGGUCAGGGCAGGCAGAGGUGGUGAGUUAUCUCUGUAAGCACAAGGCUGAUGUUGGUGCUGCUGCCAUGGAUGACAUGGGAGCAAUUCACUUUGCCGCCCAAAAGGGCCAUUCAGAAGUUGUCCGAACUCUGCUUUCAUCUGGGGCCUCCAUCAAAGCGUCCACCAGAAAGGGCCUUACUCCACUUCACUAUGCUGUUCAAGGGUCCCAUCUGGAGCUAGUCAAGUAUUUGGUAAGGAAAGGAGCAAGCCUUAAUGUCAGGACAAAAGCAGGAAUGACUCCUCUUGAUCUGGCAACCAAUGAAGAAAUCCACGUGUUUCUGGAAGAAAGCGAAAGGACACCUAAGAAAGGAACCUUGGACGGAAAAGACAAACCUGAAGCAUCUGAACCAAAGACAUCGUUGCAGGAUAAAUCAGAGAAUUCUGGUGGUGAAGCUAAUGCUGGAGAGCAUGAAGAACAGGAGAAUAGAAAUGUAAAGAGGAAGGGCGAAGAAGAUGAUGCUAAGGAAACUUCAUCGGAACCGAAAAGAGCCAGAGUAGCACUUAAUCAUCUUCUGAGUGCAGAUGACACUCAGGAAGAAAAUCUGUAAGGAUAGUAUAGAAGAUAGUGGGCUAACUAACCUCUUAAUCAACACUCCGGCAUCAAUGUUGUCUUGACUCUUGAGAGUAUAUCUUUGGUAUGGCUUUAAGUCGAUUAA